AUGUCUGACGCUAUCACUAUCCGUACUAGAAAGGUCAUCUCCAACCCAUUGUUGGCUAGAAAGCAAUUCGUCAUUGACGUUUUGCAUCCAAACAGAGCUAAUGUCUCUAAGGAUGAACUACGUGAAAAGCUAUCCGCUGUCUACAAAACUGAGAAGGACGCUGUUUCCGUCUUUGGUUUCAGAACUCAAUUCGGUGGUGGUAAGUCUACUGGUUUCGGUUUGGUUUACAACUCUGUUGCCGAAGCUAAGAAAUUCGAGCCAACUUACAGAUUGGUCAGAUACGGUCUAGCUGAAAAGGUUGAGAAGCCAUCCAGACAACAAAGAAAACAAAAGAAGAACAGAGACAAGAAGAUCUUCGGUACCGGUAAGGCUUUGGCCAAGAAGGUUGCUCGUCGUAACGCUGAUUAA